UGCGGACAUUUCAGUCUGAAACUCGGUCGAGUAAUUUUCGUUGUCGGCUUAAGUGCGCAAAAAUUUUUAAGUAAAUUAUUCCAUUUUGAGAAUUCCGCAUAUAACAGGGGGAAAAGAAAAUUAUAAACGCUUUCCCUGCGUUUUUUAGUGAAAGUGUGUUUAUAAAAAAAGAACAAACAAAAUGUCAGACAGAAAGGCUGUUAUCAAGAAUGCGGAUAUGUCUGAAGAGAUGCAGCAGGAUGCUGUCGAUUGUGCAACUCAAGCUCUGGAAAAGUAUAAUAUAGAAAAGGAUAUAGCAGCAUUUAUCAAGAAAGAAUUUGAUAAAAAAUAUAAUCCAACGUGGCACUGCAUUGUAGGACGUAAUUUUGGAAGUUAUGUGACACAUGAAACUAGACAUUUUAUAUAUUUCUACCUAGGUCAGGUAGCCAUCCUUCUCUUCAAGAGUGGAUAAGCUGAUUUCUAUUCUCACAUCUUUCCUUUCUUCUUUCCUCCUUUUCCUUACUGAUACUAUACAGAACACGAAAUUACCGUACCAUGUGUAAAAACCAACUGCAUUAUGAAUAUGAGAUUUGCUUUAAAAAUAGUAAAGCAUACUCCUAACGAACAAAGUAAAAAAUAUCAACAUUAUCAAUUUGACAUUGUUAAUAGCUAAGUAUUUGAAAAAAAUAGAUUGAGAAUGUAUGUAGAAAAAUCAAAGGGUAGGAAACUAUCUGAAAUUAUUGGCAUAUUACCUAAUAUUUUGAAAUGUAUAGUAAAUGCUAAAACUUUGUUGUGUUCUUGUUUUAUAUUAGGUAAGUACGUGAGGUCGAAGCUAGGAAUUCACUUGGACCACGCCGACUAUCCCACACGCACACUACACAAACGACUGUGACGUAUAUGAAAGAGCGAACGUCACUAUGCUUCUGACACGCUUCCACUUGUAAGCAAAAGUUAAAACUCUGCAUGUAUAUCAUGUCUCAAUACGUUUGUAAAUUAGAAAAUCAGUGUUCCUGAGAUGCACAAAAAAAAAGGAGUAUUAUACGGAAAUUACAAAUUUACGUGAAAUACUACAACAACAUAGAAUAAUAUGGGACAAAUUGAUUUCUAUUCAAUUAUGUAGAACGUAAAAAGAUCUAUUUCGAUAUACAUAUAUGGCGUGGCGUUAUAUAGUCUUGCGUGAAUCUAGUGGAUUCCUAUCUUAAGUUCCAAUUUAACAUUCAAGAUCCUGUAUAAAUAUAUACACACAGAAUAGACUAUUUCUUAUUUUGGACGAAGCAAGGAACAUACGUAUAAUUUCUAGUCCCCUUAUACAACAAUGGACGAAAGUCAAGUGGAAUGUAAUUUCCUGCGAAUAUGAAAAUUGAAAGUUAUCUUACUAAAAAAUGUUAUGCAUCAAAUGAUUAAACUAUUUCUUUGUUUUUCAUUGUGACAUUUCGUUUAGGUUAAGUUAAUAAUUAUACAAGAUUAUUUGUACCAACAAAACUUGUUAUCAAAUUUUGAUAACUUUUACCAACAUGUUAGCAUAUGCAGCACUACAUUAUGAUAUUUGAAUCAUUUGUUUCCUACCUGCACACAAUAUUUUAUAUUUUACAUAUAACGUCACAAAAAUUUUAUCUCUCAUGCCACUACUCUUAGACAAAUGCUCGAAAUCGUAUCUCUUAUUCUGCCCAUUUUAGUUUGUAUGUAACAUUUAAUACUUCGUAUUAUGGUACUUAUACAUGAUAAAUAAAUAACUAUACAUACUAUUUA